UAGCUAUUAUUUGUUAAAUUAUUGAUUUUGAAAACAAUUAAAAAGUCAAAUUAUGAUAAUAGUUGCAAAAUAAUGGUAUCACUCAAUCGUAUAACAAGACUAGUGGCCAUCAAUUGUAUAGUACUAACAUCAUAUCAAAAACAUCGACGAUCUGUAAGUCCCGGUUACUCUCCAAGCAUGAGAUGCGCUCAGUUGGUCGAUACUAAACCAACCAUUGCUCGCAUCGGUACUGUAUCACUUACACGAGUGGCCAAAAUCUGGGUCAAAGGACAACACACGACUGAUCCACUUAAAGAAGGAACGGCAUGUGUGGUCAAUGCCGAAGAUGGCUUACUAAUAACCAAUGCACACGUGUGCGCCGACAUGCGCGACGCCUAUGUACGAUAUAUACGGAAACGGUCAAAUGGGGGCUACGAGCAAGUGAACCGACGUAGAGUACAGGUGCUGUACGUUGAACCGCACUACGACCUGGCUCUCGUACGGAUCAUGUAUAUGUUGGGCACCGAUGAUGAACUGACCGAUGAGUUUGAUUUUUGUGACGACGAUGCCAACAGCUAUUUUGGCCAACAAGUAGUCUGUUUAGGAUAUCCCGAAAUUGGCUCCCUAUUGACUACUGUCGGUACUAUUGGUUGUCCCGCCAGUCUGUAUAAGCAAUGGUUUUCCGACAGCACGUCGACCAAUGAUAAGGCUUUUCUGUAUCAUAUCAGUGGUGUGGCCAAAGGCUAUUCGGGUGGACCGCUGGUCAACGAUAGGUUUCAAUUGGUUGGAGUACAUCACACUACCGUUGAAUUGGUUCAUAGGUUUGCCACGACGUCCAGUAUACUACUCUCAUUUUACGAAAGGGGUACGACCCGGGACUAUUGGAGUCAACAGAGAGUCUAUACAAGCGAUAAGAAACAUAGGGUUAAAUUGAAGUGUAAUUUGAAACCAUUAAUGGGUGCAGAGAUUUGUUGGUAUAAUCCAGCACUUAAUGAUGACUACAAAAUGAUGGCCACAAGUGAGGGUCAGAUAUAUGAUACACCGCAAGUAGGUUAUGGUAAGGAUAACGGCUAUAUACUGGUAUGGAAUGUUAUCAAACAAGUUGACAGUCCUACUAAAAAUGAAACUUUACAACAAUUUGAUUUGAUAACUAAAAUAAAUGCUAAACCCGUUGAUUCUAUACAUGACUUAAUCGAUACAUUGAAAACAAAUAGUGGAAAGUCUGUUGAGCUAACUGUCCACAGAAAUAACAGUUUAAAAUUAAUUACUGUAACUACUGAGUACAGUACUAGUGAUUCAUAUAAUUUGAUUUAA